AGUCUUUGGGUCAAGCCAAACUGGGUACUUGCCAGUGGCAGCAUAGCACUUCCGCUUUCAUUGUGUAUUGCAAUUCACGUGGCCAUGCAAGAUGGCUGCCUCCACGGAAAGGCAGCCUGACAUGGGCGCUGUAAAUGCCGGUGUGUCUUCUACGAGAGCUGCCUCCAGCGCUCCACCGCUGGCUCUGCGGAUACUGGCAGAGUGUCCCGUAAGCAAAGCACGUGCCUGUGAUCUAACGCUGCCACACUGCACGGUAAACACUCCGGUCUUCAUGCCUGUUGGGACGCAAGGAACAAUGAAGGGAAUCACAUCGGACCAACUGGCUGAACUCGGCUGCCAGAUAUGCUUGGGGAACACUUAUCAUCUAGGAAUGAGACCGGGUCCAGAGCUUAUAGAGAAAGCCAAAGGCCUGCACAACUUUAUGAACUGGAAAAACAACCUGCUGACGGACAGCGGAGGGUUCCAGAUGGUUUCUCUUGUGGCGCUAUCGGAGGUGACAGAGGAAGGAGUCCGGUUUCAGUCACCUUAUGAUGGCAAGGAGAUAAUGCUUUCCCCUGAACAGUCCAUUGCCAUCCAAAACAGCUUGGGCUCAGACAUCAUGAUGCAGUUGGACGACGUGGUCAGCAGUACGAUCACCGGCCCGCGUGUGGAGGAGGCUAUGAAGCGGUCGAUCCGUUGGCUAGACCGCUGCAUAGCUGCCAACAAAAACCCUGACCGUCAGAACCUAUUUGCCAUCAUCCAGGGUGGGCUGAACGCAGAGCUACGCAAGGCCUGUCUAGAGGAGAUGACCAAGCGGGAUGUUCCAGGCUUUGCCAUCGGAGGGCUGAGCGGAGGAGAGGCAAAGGACGACUUCUGGAGGAUGGUGACGCUCAGCACGGACUAUCUACCUCAAACUAAACCUAGAUACCUCAUGGGAGUCGGUUACGCAGUGGAACUGGUGGUGUGUUCUGCCCUGGGGUGCGACAUGUUCGACUGCGUUUUCCCCACUCGCACUGCACGGUUUGGAACGGCAUUGGUUCCUUGGGGAUCCUUGCCACUGAAAAAGAAGCAAUUUGCGAAGGACUUCCAGCCCAUUGACCCAGAUUGCCACUGCCCCACCUGCGAAAGGCACACUCGGGCCUACCUACACGCCCUCUUCAAGUGUGACACUGCAGCUAUGCAUCACGUCACUAUCCACAACAUCGCCUACCAGCUGUCAUUGAUGCGGGCGGUGCGCACAAGCAUCUUGGAGGGUCGGUUCCCCGAGUUUGUGCGGACAUUCAUGCGGCGCAUGUACCCUUCGCAGGAGACCUACCCCAGCUGGGCGGUGGAGGCACUGGCCUCUGUCAACAUCACAUUAGAUUGAGCUAGGAGUUUACUGUAGACCAUUUCUUAACUGGAUUUUAUUUCACUUCAUGGUUUGUUUUUUGUUAUUUCAGUUUUUUAUUUAUUUAUUAUUAUUCAGCCAGACAGUUUGUGUGCAACAAAGGCUAUUUUAAAUAUUUUAAUAUUUCUGACUGAAUUCGCAAUGGAUUUGUGGUCUAAAGCAAGAAAAUAUGAUUCAAGCUACUCCUAAACAGAUUAUACAGCUACGUUACGCCUCUGAUGUCUGUUCAGGUUUACAUUACUCAAUUAUUCUCAUUGAAAUAUUACCUGUUGUGCAUUCAACCUGACCGCUGUGCUCAAGGAGAAAUAAUCUGUUUAUAUGUACAGUCCUCUGAAAUUUCUGGACAAGCUGUCAGACUUUCUUGAAGUGUAUUUUCUUUACAUGUCUAUUAGACCAAGAACCCCCUGAAUGCAUAUAUAUACAAGUCAUUGUAAAUCCUGUUUGUAUUAGGUAUUUUUUAUAUCUUUUAUUGCACAUUUUUUAAAAAAUCUGGGCAAAUUUAAAACUGAGGUAACAUAAAAUAAACCUCAGAAAGUGAA